AUGCUAGGGAAAAAGAUUGUAUCAAUCAAGAAACUAGCCAAAAAGGUGAAACUUGUAGGUAGAGUUGACUCUGAACUUGCUCAAUACGAGUUGUUGAAGGAAAAUGAAGAAGAAGAAAAACACCCAAUUGGUAAAAAUAUUGGGUCCAAAAAAAGUGGUGUUUUUGCACUAUAUGUUGGGGAGGAACGAGAGAGAUAUGUGGUUCCAACCGGUUACCUUUGUCAUCCCUUAUUCAAGAUGUUGUUGGAGAAAGCAUACAAUGAAUUUGGAUUUCAACAAAGGAAUGGUUUGGUUGUUCCAUGUAGUGUUUCAGCUUUUCAUGAAGUGGUUAAUGCUAUAGAAUGUAACAAUUGUAAGUUUGACAUGGCAAAUAUUUGUGAUGAAUUGAUUUGA